UUAAAACGAUGCUACUGAAUGUUUUUGUAUAUGAUGGACUUUAGUUAUACUUUCGUUUGUGCAAGACACGUUUUGAUUUCAUUUGCCAUUGAAUCCGUGUUUCACAGAAAGCACAAUUAUGAAUUGUAAUUCCCUUAAUAAACCUGCACAAUGUAUUUUGUAGUUCAUGACAAAAUACAGCGAAGUGUGUUCUUCAUGCAUCAGCCUCCAGCUGUUAGUUUGAAUGUUUCAUACCCAACAACAACCGUGCAAACGGCGUCUGCAGCUGCUCGGGUUUCCAUGGAGAUAGUGGAGCGCGGGGUUUGUAUUGAGUUGGCACCCUUGAUGUUGUUGAUAUUGCUAGGUGUGUUUUUAUGCUACAGCUCUGGCCAAUUUUAACAUCAAAUUGUCAUUUAUAAACCUCAAUCUUCUGGAAUACUUGGUCAUAAAAUACACCAGGGAAAAAAAGAAUAGCAGAACUUAAUGCCCUGUUAUUAAGGAGAGAAACACAACACUCAGGUCUUCAACUUGCACAAAUGGAAAAUGGAAGACGAACCAAAAGCGUGGGAAGAGCUUCCGUGCAAGGACCCUAUCAAGGUGGAUGUUGUCUGUGCGGAGGAUCCUGAAAAUAACAUAGAGGAGACCACUGCUGCCUCAACAUCCGAGGAUAGUGAGCAGGAUUUUGAAUGCAUCGAUCUAGCCCCAUCUCCCCAAGAGCAACUCAGCGAUGAAACUGACACGUGGUCCCAGGUGUACCUGGAGAUCGAGAGAGCAGAACACUCGGAUUGCUUCCACCAGCUUGGCAUGCCAACACCUGCACAAUUAGAGAGUGCUGCGCAUCAUAACAUGCUCCCUCCAAAGCUACAGGUUUUAUUGAAGAACAUUUCAGAAGAGCUGUACCGGAUACUUCAUCUUUCCAAGCGCCCGGUCCCUCCUCCCUCACAUCACACACAAUCUCUGUCCAGUGAAGAGAUCUGGCAGCAGGACAGACAGGCACUCCUGACUACAAUACACUCACUGCAAGAUCUGGUUUCCAGACUGACUGCUGAUAGAGACAUGGCAGAGCUGGAGAAGGAUCUGAUCUCGACAGACAGGAACAGCCUGCUGGCUGAGAUAGACAGCCUAAAGGCUAAGCUGAGGGACUUCCAGCAGCAGAGCCAGGAGGAACUGCUGCAGCUGCAGGAGACCCUGAGGGGGGCUCAGGCACAGGGCAACGAGCAGGGGCUCCAGCUCCACAGCCAAGUCGAGUUCCUGGAAUAUAACCUACACCAGGGUCAGGCCAGAGCAAAUGAAGAUCUAGAGAGAUUACAGAGGUCUAACCGAGAGCUGCAGAAAGAACUCAGAGACCUGAAAUUAGUCCUGGAGAUUCAGAAGACAGACCUGCACUUAGUUGUUGAGAGCCUUGAAGAUACGCAACAGAACAUGAAAGAGAUCCAGUUCAGCCUAGAGGCCAAAACUAAGAAGUGCAGGCUGGGGACUCAGAGAGAGCGGGAGCUGGCAGCUGCCUUGAAGACCCUGCAAGACCAGAAGCAGGAGCUGAAGAGAGCCCUGAAAACAGAGAGGCAGCAGAGAGCCAAGCUGAGGGCAGAGUGUCUGCAGCUGCAGGUGAACCUCCAGACAGUCAAUGCAAGGGAGAGGAAGAGAGAGGAGCAGAGGAGGCAGGAUUGGAAGACUCUGCUAAAGAAAGUGGGGGAGGCAUUGAGAAACCAGAACAAAUCAACCCAAAGCCUUGACCCAGUAGAGACAGUUCAGACUUUAGGAACAGCAUCCUGUGAGAAGCAGAAAUCCAGCAGAGAAGAGUCAUGCCUGUCCUCUAAGUCCUCUCCCUGUGUAGACAGUGAAGUGUCCCACACCACCAGCCUGGAAGAGCCAAUGCACCAGGAACCGCAGUCCCAGCUUGCCAACAGAUCCUCACAGUCUCCUGGCAGCACUGAAGACAGAACAACAACCCACUGUGAGGACAAUGAGCCCUUACUGACCGAAUACAUCAAACAUUUACAGAUCGUCCAGCAAAGAAUAAAGGGGCUACAAUCAGUUCAGUUUCAGAACAACGUCGAGGACUUUCUGGGAGUGGACGUGUCAAAAGAAAAAUGAAUCUGCUGAAUUGUUCUGCCAACAUAACAUCUGUGCGAUUGUUAUAUAUAUAUAUAAUGUAGCAGUUAAACAAUGUACACGUUUUUCAUAUAAGACUUAUCAGUGUCCAGACUACUCUCUCUUUCAUCGAUACUAUAGGAGAGAAUGAGCUCUGUGUUCUAGUUUUGAUAUUAAAACAUCAGUGAGAGUUUUCGGUUUCAGUUUAUCAGCUGUGACUUGGUGGCAGCAUUGUGUGAUUCUUAGACAGUUUUGAAAAAGAAAAAUGAAACCGAGCUUUGACUCGUCUGUCCUUAAAGCCCCACCACUAGAUCAUGGCAUGUUUUUUAACAAUAAGCAAAGCCCAUCACAUAUACUGUACAUGAACAAUUAUGAAGGAUAAAGAUCAUACAUUGUCAAACUCCUGGCUUCAUUUCUUUGCUAUGAAAUGCUUUUUUAACCGUCUGAACAUAAGCGUUCCACUGCGUACUGUAUCUGUGAAGUCUACAGUAGGCCAGUGCGGUAUUAUUCAUAUAUAUUAGGCACAAUGUCACAGGUUCCUGUUUGAACCCAUUCAGUCCUCUCUUUGCACCGUAUGUCAACACCUGGUGUCCAAAACCACGUUGGAACCUCACGGGACUCCUUGGUCCCAGUCUGAGUAUAAAAAUAUAAAAAAUAAAAACGCUUUGUCCUGCUUUCAUGUAUGCUCAAUAAAGAAGUUUAUUUUUUUUUUAAUGAUAUUUUUACAAAAAUAAUUCAGGACUGAAAAGGUUAAAAGGGAACCUAGUACCACAUGUGAAUGUACUAAUAAAAGAUUUAAAAUAAAUAAAUAAAUAAACAGUCUGCCUGUCUGUAUCGUGUCAUUUGAAGUGCAGUACAUACAGCAAUAAUGAACUUCAACUCCACAGUGAUUAGAGAAGACGUGAAACAGUGCCAACAGUAAUGUAAUGGAAAUACAAGAAUCCAUCAUUUGAAACUCUCCCUUUGGAUACACUAUGCGUUUAACAUACCAGGCACAUCCUCGUCUCAUUGUAUUAAUGUGGUGGUCAGGUUGCGUAGAUCAAA